AUGAAAUCUCACAAUGUCCUGAUCAUUCCUAAAUUUCGAUUACUUAUCCGAACAACUAUUGGAAUUUUCCUUGUUCUGCUCAUAUUCACUGCUUGGAAGACAAUCUCAGUUGCACCUAUAAUUAUACCAGUGCAACCGUUCCUUGUCAAAGCUCAAUUUAAUGAAAAUGAUUGGGACUGCCUACCGAAUUUGGAUGAACUCUCCUGGCCAGAACUUAAGGCAGCGCCGUUUCCAGCUGGUCGGCGAUUUGCCAAUGGGACCAUCAAACCCUUACCACCGGCACUGAACCCUGUGAUGAGUAAAGCUCAGUUCACUCUUUCAAAGCAUUUAUUAGCAAAAUUUUCUGAGCUGAUGUUUCAAAAUGAUUUGGGAGAUCGUUUUUUUUUGAACGGAGGAACUUUGGUGGGAUCAUUUCAGCAUCACGAUAUUAUUCCUUGGGAUGAUGAUGUUGAUGUUUUGGUUGAUGUAACAGUACGUCCGACAGUCCAACGAAUACUUCAGGUGUUAUCACCGAAUUAUCAAGUGACAGUGCAAGGAGUACGCGAUAAGUUUUACACAAAACUGCUGAACGAAAGUGAUGACGAUAUGGAUAUCGAGCUUAGCCGUAAAUCUUCACAGUAUGUUUGGGGUUGGCCAUAUUUGGAUAUAGGCUACUUUGAGCACAAUGAAACUCAUCUGUGGGAUAUCUCAUCCCAAAAGGCACCCAAUCAACUCAUUGACAGUACCAUAGUAUUUCCCCUUGUUUUCAGACCACUGGGUAAAAACUGGUAUCCCGCACCCUUUAACACUUUGGCUUACUUACGACAUGUUUAUGGAAAUUCCGGUGGCUGUGCAGUGUUCGGCUACUCUCAUAUCAUUGAAGGCAGUGGUCCAUCUGGCCGAGCUCCGUGUUGGUCCUUGGGAAAGAAAUAUGCCUUUGUGCAACACUUGUUGGCCGAUUCCAGGUACUUUAUCAUAGACGAUUCCACAUGGAAGCAAACCAUGGUUGUUGUUGAAGAGUCUCUCGUCUAUCGGACACACAGAGGGCCACUCGUCAUUCACUCUUUACGUCUACCCACUAUUUUAGAGACAACAGAAGUAAACACUUACGGUUUUGCCGAUCCACCUGUGUUCCAUUAA